GGACUGUAACUGCAUACUGAAAAGAUAUCGUAUGAAUGUUCGACUUCUCUAGGAUUGCACAGACCUCUUGAAGCCGACCACCAGCUCAGCUGUCCAAGUACAAGACGUGAGAGUCCCAGAAUGAAGUUGCGGCGGUAGAAGAGCUUAAGUUUCGGGCUCCCCGUGUCUCGCGAGCUCUGUCCCAAAGGAUGCCUUCUCGAGGCGAAUCGAGUCUCGGGGUCUGAGGCGAAGAAAGCAUUGGCUCUCUGUCAAGACGUUGUCCGAUGUUAUCCCUUGUCACUCUGAACCAUUGCAAAUCAGGAUCAUCCUCGCAUGGUCCCAUCAUCAUACGUCCCUCCAUUUCGUCACGUAUGAUGAUCGCCCCCGUUCGCAGUUUUUCUCGUCUUACUAGAAGGUACACACAACCCCGGUCCGCUUCGAUUCAAUGCCGCCGUUCUCGACCUGAACAAUCUGAAUGCCUCGUAUCGUGGCCACGUACUAACCAUCUCUGGUACUAUGGGAAAGACAAAUGGAGAAGGCGAAUGUUGCAUGACAGAACUCUUUCGGGGAUUAACACGGGCUUCACAGUAUUUGCUAUCGAAGCUUUGAAAACGUCUCAGGCGACAACUGAUCACCCGCAUUGAUCAUGCCACCCUGCUCCAUCCGAUAUUUUGCUCAUUCGCAACGGAUCUGUAAAGCCUCGUGUCGGAUGACCAGUGGAUUCCGUGUGGGUAUCAACGAGGCUGGUUCUGUUUCGCAUGGGCGUGCGAUAGUAUGCGAUAGAGAUGACUACGUUCGGCGAUCUGCUGAAGUUUUCUCUGUAUGCGAUUUGGCCGGGCAAUCAACUUGAUGUGUUGGUGUCCUUCGCAGUUCCAGACCCUCUAUCUUCUUUGCUGCAAAACCAUGAGGAGCAGUUGGCUUUGACAUUGGCUUCUCCCCUUCGAAGACAUCUUAACGGCUUCUCACCGAAUGGUCUGUCCAUCUGAACAAGAAAACUAGAUAGCCCUCUUGCCCAGAUUGCCAGGUGGACAGUGGAUACCUACCCUGUGUACACUUUUGUGUGACUCGACACCAAGUUCGAGGCGCGUGUCGUUCUCGACCCUGAAGAUACCGGUGCCAUCCCAGCCUCGGGAACACGGGGUGACAAUUUGAAUGCAUUGGAUCUUCGCAUUCCCCGCGUUGCGAAGCAUGAAAGACGUCUAUAGCGAUCUUCCUUGAUUGGCCCUCUCAGUUUCCGAUCCCUUGCUUCGUAGCGCGGAUGCUCGUCACAUGUCAGUAGACAGACCUGCAAAAUUCCUCAACGAGUCUUUACGAGUCUUCCAUCUGACUCCAUCGCGCAAGCCCGCGCGCACCAGAUGGCCAAUUAUUCCUUGAUUUACGACAGUUCUGUAGGGACCAUUGCGUCGCGUGUUCUUCCAUUACGCGUACCUGGCAGCUGGUGUCUUCCCGGUCGCAUUGACGCGUUGGGAAUAGCUCGAAGACAUUCAUCUAAAUCAGAAAGACGGGUCCAUCCGUAUCCCGUCCCAUAUUUCGAAACAUGCAUACGACAUAGAGAAUCACCAAUGUCAGUUGUCGAGAGAUUUGACGUCUCUUCGCUGGGCCUGAUCUGGGUCUCGCUGGUGUGCACGCUGGUAUUUCUCCGCAUGCAAGAGGCUCACUACUCCUGACGCCGCUCUCGCUCAACCGUAUAAAUGCUUCAACAUAUGCGAGCAACUAUCCUCAAGCGCAUCCUCCUGGUCCCCCGCAGAAACACUCCCAUUUGACCCGCAUCGAGCCAGUCGGAUAUGUUUUCGUGCACCUUCCACAGAGCUCUGUUGGCUGCUGGCACACUCUUUGGCUUAUUGGCAGCAUCCGCCUCAGGUUUGGGCACAUCGUGUUCUGCUCCAGUGACUAGGGGUACUGCAGGACCCAACGAUCCUUUCUGGAUGCAAAGCAUUCAACGCCAAGGUACCGCGGCAUUCAACACCAACCCUGGUGCUUACAAGGUUUUCCGAAACGUCAAGGACUUCGGCGCGACGGGUAACGGUAAUACCGACGAUACUGCUGCUAUCAAUUCUGCCAUUACUUCGGGUGGACGAUGUGGAUCAGAAUGCGAUUCGACCACUACUGAACCCGCUAUCAUCUAUUUCCCUCCUGGUACAUACAAGGUCUCUUCAUCUAUCCUCGCACUCUACCAGACUCAGCUAGUCGGUGACGCAAGACAUCCUCCUACCCUAUUGGCCGCUCCGAACUUUGCCGGUAUCGCAGUCAUUGAUGGCAAUCCGUUCUAUGUCAACCAGAACAACUUCUUCCGGUCUGUCAGGAACUUUGUUAUCGACAUUCGGCAGGUUAAUGGCGGCGCAACUGGUCUUCACUGGCAAGUCUCCCAAGCAACGUCACUCAUGAACAUCGUCUUCCAAAUGUCCACUGCUGCUGGGAAUCAACAUCAGGGCAUCUUCAUGGAAAAUGGAAGUGGAGGCUUCAUGGGAGACCUCAUAUUCAAUGGUGGCAAGCUGGGCGCCUGGUUUGGAAAUCAACAGUUCACCGUUCGUAAUGUGACCUUCAACAACCCCCAGACUGGAAUUACCAUCAAUAAUGCUCAGAUUGGCUUCGAUAUUUCCGUUGCUACAAACAACGUCGACCAGGCCGUCGGUUCUGAAUCCAUCAUCGAUGGUGUGAUCACGAACACACCUAUCUUCAUUCGUUUCUCCAACCCAAGCAAUGGCAAUCUUCCGACUUCUCUUGUCCUCAACAAUAUCAGGCUCAACAACGUCCAGAAGGCCGUCGCUGUUAACAAUGGGGCGACUUUGUUGAAUGGUGGUACCCUCACUAUUGACUCUUGGGCACAAGGCAAUGCCUACAGCGGAACCAACUCCGCAAGACGUUGGACUCAGGGUCCCAUUGAUUCGAUCCAAAAGGCAUCUUCUCUCCUUGACAGCGCGGGUAGGAUCUUCGGCAAGACUCACCCUCAAUAUGCCGACUAUGCGGUGGACCAAUUCAUCAGCGUGAAGUCGCAGGGUGCGAAGGGUGAUGGUCAUAACGACGAUACUCAAGCGAUUAAGAAUGUCUUUGCUAAAUUCGCUGGCUGUAAGAUUAUUUACUUCGACGCUGGUACCUAUGUUGUCACCUCCACGAUCACCAUCCCGGCUGGCACCCAGGUCGUUGGUGAGGCUUGGUCAGUCAUCCAAGGCACGGGCAACACUUUCACCGAUUACAACAACCCUCAAGUAGUUGUCCGCGUUGGCGAUCCUGGCUCUCAAGGUGUCGCUGAGAUCACUGACAUUAUUUUCAGUACCAAGGGACCCGCGGCCGGUGCUAUCGUCGUGGAGUGGAACGUUCAUGACCCCGCUGGUCAACAGGGUGCAGCGGGCACCUGGGACACACAUAUUAUCCUCGGAGGCUAUGCUGGUUCCAACCUUCUGGGCGCCCAAUGCUCCAAGGCCGGAAACCCAGGCAAUAAUUGCUUCUCAGCGUUCAUGGCUCUUCACCUCACAGCGCAAUCCAGUGCAUAUCUCGAGGGUCUCUGGGCUUGGAAUGCUGAUCACGAUCUUGACUCUGGAGGAAGUGGACAAAUAUCCCUUUUCAGCGGGCGCGGUAUCUAUUCCGAGUCCCAAGGUCCUGUUUGGCUGAUUGGAACAGGAAGUGAGCACCACAUUCAGUAUCAAUAUUUCCUUAACGGCGCGAAGAAUCAUUACAUUGGAUUUGCCCAAACCGAGUCGCCAUACUUCCAGCCCAACCCAGUACCUCCCGCACCUUUUAUCACGAACACGCAAUUCAAAGAUCCUUCACCUGCACCCGGUUCCGCCUGGGCACUCACUGUCGUGAACUCUCAAAAUAUUCUCUUAUUCGGUGCUGGUUUCUAUAACUUCUUCCAGAAUUACGCCACCGACGCUUGCAUCGCUGGCCACAACUGUGGUCAAGCGGUUGUUAAUAUUGAUUCUAGUUCGACCAUUGGCAUUUACUCCCUAUCCACUGUCUCUACCACUUGGCAGCUAAACGUCAACAGUCAAGGUGUCAUUGAUCGCUCUAACAAUGCCAAUGGCUUCGCGGAUACCGUCACUGUGUGGACCCGUUGAUGUCUCCCAGUCAGUCACUUCAAUGACAUGACACAACCCCUUGUUUAUUCGUAACGAUUAGCUGGUGUAUUUGUAUUACGAUUCUUGUUCUUUUGAGUCUUCUUCGUUAUGAAUAUUAAUUGACACACC